UGCGCCUCAGCUUGCUUAUAGAUUGUCGUUCUGGGAAUCGGGGUUGUGCUUUCAACUGCUAAUCGAUACAUAUGGCUUCAUCCCAACAUGAUCAGGUUCUAGUAGACGUAAAUUCAUCUGCAAGAAUUCUAACCUUAAACCGGCCUAAGCAGCUCAAUGCCCUUUCAUUUCAGAUGGUUUCUCGGUUAUUAGAACUUUUUCUUGCCUAUGAGGAGGAUCCUAAUGUCAAGCUGGUUAUACUGAAGGGGAAAGGAAGAGCAUUUUGUGCUGGUGGAGAUGUUGCAGCUGUGGUACAUGAUAUUAGAGCAGGUGGAUGGAGAACAGGUGCCAAUUUUUUUAUGAAAGAAUACACUUUAAACUAUUUGAUGGCAACCUAUAGCAAACCGCAGGUUUCAAUUCUUAAUGGAAUCGUUAUGGGAGGUGGGAAUGGUGCUUCAAUGCAUGGUAGAUUCCGUAUUGCUACUGAGAACUCGCUUUUUGCAAUGCCUGAAACAGAUUUGGGACUCUUCCCAGAUGUAGGAGCCUCCUAUUUCUUGUCAAGACUCCCAGGAUUUUUCGGAGAGUAUCUCGGUCUUACUGGUGCCAGAUUGGAUGGUGCAGAAAUGCUUGCAUGUGGCCUAGCAACUCACUUUGUACCUUCAGCAAAAUUACCCAUGUUAGAAGCUGCAUUAUGUGCUGUAAACUCCAGUGAUCCAGCAACCAUUUCAUCAAUUAUUGGUCAAUAUUUCGAGCAACCUUCGUUAAAAGAGCAGAGUGUGUACCAUCGAUUAGCUGUCAUUGAUAGAUGCUUCUCUCAAAAAACAAUUGAAGAAAUUUUAUCUGCUCUUGAGAGGGAGGCUGUUGAUCAAAGGGACGGUUGGAUCUCUGCUACAAUUCAAACACUGAAAAAGGCUUCACCUACCAGUCUUAAAAUUUCUCUUAGAUCAAUUAGAGUCGGGAGACUCGAAGGGGUCGGUCCGUGCCUCGUUCGUGAAUAUAGAAUGGUUUGCCAGGUCAUGCGUGGAGAAUUCAGCAAAGACUUUUUCGAGGGUUGCAGGGCCAUACUGCUGGAUAAAGAUAAGAACCCAAAGUGGGAGCCGUCGAAAUUGGAGCUCGUCACUGAUACUACAGUUGACGGAUAUUUCUCCAAGGUGAACAAUGGAGAUUGGGAAGAUCUCAAGCUUCCAGUUAGAACCAAAUUCACCUUGUCACCCUAUGUCAUUGCAAAGCUUUAGAUGAGCACUUAAAAUGAUCAUGUUUGAGUAUAGGGCAUAAACUU